UUCUCUGUCCGUAUGCUCUUUCCGUAGUCUACGGUAGACGGUAGUGUCUGGCUCCUGCUUGUAGUUCGUCGUCUCCCGAACCCGAAUCGCACGCCGUUCGCAAGUCCGAGCACAUUUUUUAAAAUACCAUGUCGAUAUAAUUGGUGCUGCUUCAUAGUGCGCAGUAUUAUUUUAUUGGUGAAGUGCAUUCUCGUCACUAAAGGAUAACAAAUUGCACCAAGAAAUGGCAAGCACAGAAGGCGAAGAGGAGGUCGCGUUGGUGGGCCUGCUCGACAUAGUCAUACUGGCGGUGCUCCUAGGUGUCGCCGUCUACUGGUUGUUCCUCCGAAAGAAGAAGACUCCUUCUUUCGAUCCAUCUGCAAUCAAAACCUUCUCGAUAGACACAAGCGCGCAGAAAGUGGACAACUCCAGCUUCAUAAGCAAAAUGAAGAGCACAGGUCGAAAUAUUGUUGUUUUCUAUGGCUCCCAAACCGGGACUGCGGAGGAAUUUGCUGCUCGGCUGGCUAAAGAAGCAAACCGGUUUGGUCUCAAGGCAAUGGUAGCAGAUCCAGAGGAGUGUGACAUGGAAGACCUGGUGAAGCUCGCGGAAAUCGAAAACUCCAUCGCCGUCUUCUGCAUGGCGACGUACGGCGAGGGGGACCCCACCGACAACGCGCAGGAUUUUUACCAGUGGCUGCAAGACGGCAGCGUGGAGCUGAAGGGAGUCAAUUACGCGGUAUUUGGUUUAGGGAACAUCACAUAUGAGCACUACAAUGCCAUGGGAAAAUAUGUGGACAAGAGGCUCCACGGGCUCGGAGCCAGCAGAGUAUACGAACUGGGUUUGGGAGACGACGAUGCCAAUAUCGAAGAGGACUUUGUCACCUGGAAAGAGCAUUUCUGGAACGCUGUCUGCGAGAACUUCCACCUGGAGAUGUCCGGCGAAGACAUCAACCUGAGGCAGUACCAGCUCAUCGUACAUACUGACCUGCCCGAAGAGAAAAUCUUUCACGGAGAAAUUUCGCGCCUCAAUUCGUACUCUAUACAGAAGAUACCCUUCGACAUAAAGAACCCGUACCUGGCACCGGUGCGUGUUAACAGGGAGCUCUACAAGGGAUCCCGUUCGUGUAUGCAUCUUGAGAUCAGCAUUACAGGAUCUAAAAUCAGGUACGACGCGGGCGACCACGUGGCGGUCUAUCCCAUGAACGAUGUUGCAGUUGUUGAGAAAAUGGGAAAGAUGCUUCAGGUGGACCUUGACACUGUGAUCACCCUGAAGAACCUGGAUGAGGACAGCUCCAAGAAGCACCCAUUCCCGUGCCCCUGUUCAUACAGAACAGCACUGCUGUACUACGUGGAUGUGAAAACUCCACCACGCAAGCACAUCCUCAAGGAGAUAUCGGAGUAUGCCACGGACGAAGAGGAGAAGAAGAAGCUGCGGCUGAUGAGCUCUUCGUCCGACGAGGGAAAGGCACUUUACAAACAUUGGGUGUUGGAGGGCUGUCGUAGCGUGGCGCACAUCCUGGAAGACAUGCCCUCGCUGCGUCCCCCUCUGGACCUCCUUCUGGAGAUGAUGCCUCGUCUGCAAGCUCGUUACUAUUCCAUCUCGUCAUCUCCCAAGGUGUACCCCGAGUCUAUCCACAUAACGGCAGUGAAAGUGGAGUACGAGACGCCGACCGGUCGCGUCAACCACGGCGUGGCUACCGGGUGGAUGGCGUCCAAGCGACCAGACAACGGGACGCAGCCCGUUCUGCCAGUCUUCGUACGUCGCUCUCAGUUCAAGCUGCCCUCGCGGCCCCACGUGCCCAUAGUGAUGGUGGGACCGGGAACGGGACUGGCUCCCUUCAGAGGGUUCAUCCAAGAGAGGGAUUUCUUGCGUCAAGAAGGCAAACCAGUUGGUGAAACAGUGCUCUACUUUGGUUGCCGGAAAGAGCAGGAAGAUUAUUUGUACCGCGAGGAACUCGAGAGGUACCUGGCAAACGGUACCCUGACGAAGCUUUACUUGGCCUUUUCGAGGGAUCAGCCGCACAAAGUGUAUGUCACCCAUCUGCUACGGCAAAACAAGGAGGAGGUGUGGGACCUGAUCGGCAACAAGAACGGGCACUUCUACAUUUGCGGGGAUGCCCGCAACAUGGCGAGGGACGUUCACGAGAUCUUGCUGGAAAUUUUCUGCGAAAAUGGGAACAUGUCUAAAGAGGAAGCCGAAGCAUACUUGAAGCGCAUGGAGUCGCAGCGGCGCUACUCCGCGGACGUUUGGAGUUGAUCACGCUGGCCGCAGCUGUAGGAAAUCAUUUUUUUUUGGGACGUGGACGACUUCCAGGUGUGUGUGUGUGUGGCCUCGGCCGUUUAACCGCAGCGGUCGUCGUCCGGGCAACUGUGGUGCAACGGCGUCGUUCCGCUGGCACGUUGGAGCGUGGUUCAACGGAGGCUUUGAUACGGUCGGGAGAAUAGACUGGGUAUAACGUUCAUUCUACAAGCUUCAAAAAGUUUCCCUUCCCUCGUGUGUGCAAGUCGGGCCAAUUCUCGUAGCUCCACGUGCUCGGUGCUAAUUUACGCUGCGCAGCGACACUGGUUGCUCCGACCUACCCUAAGUCAGUUGGCUUCCAAAGUUAAUGCUCGUUCUUUUUUUUUGUUUUUUUUUUAUCAUCCUGGACUUCCAAACGUUGCGCGCAGCCCAUUGGAAAAUAAUUAGAGCCUGAAGUUUUCGGGAAAUAUUUUUUUCUAAAUUCGGGUGGUAAAAAUCGGGUAAAUAUAUCUGGUAGCUAAUGUGCACUAAAUUCAUGCAAAUUCGGGUGAAAAAACUUCCAUUACGCUAAAAUCGAGGGGAAAUCGGGCUCAGUUAUUCCAACUAACUGUAGCGGUUUGGUACAAACGGUGAUGUAACUGCAUUUUUCUGCCAAACAAGUAAGUUGGUGCAUUCCUACAGACAUCCCAGAGAGGGCAAUUUGCCUGGCAAAAAUCGGGUUCCACCCUAAAGAGGCAACUUUCAAUUUGGGGUGCAAAUUCGGGAAAGGAUCGGGUAAAGCCCUAAAACUUCAGGCUCUAAAAAUAAUUAGCUAUGCAGGGACAAUUAGGUAAUCUGGUGUCUGUGUUGGCUUACGUCCGCGUGUAGGCCCUAAACAUGCUCGAGGUUAACGCUCUUCUGGUGACCACCUCCUGGAACCCUUAACACAGCCACAUUGUGGGAAUCACUCAUUCCAUUCGAGUCGGGUAAAUGGGCAAAGGUCCUUUGUCUGUCGUUGCAUGUGGUCGCUGUACCAGUUUUGAUUGCUGGACCACACAACCCGUUUUAGAACCAAUUUUACACAUGUUCCCCCCCCCCACAUCUUUCAUACUGGUGUGUCCGCCUGUUGUUACUUUGAUUCCUUAACUCUAAAUGUUUUAUGGACACGUAUAUUUAAAAUAUAUAUACAAAAUGCAUAUAUUUUCCGACAUGUUUGGUUAAUUAAAUAAAAAGUGCAAUUGA